AUGAAUUAUUCGGAGCACAUUCAGUUAAACAAAAAGAAAAACCACGCUCUAACAUUUGCGCGCUUUUCGAACUACGACGAGCUGGUCCCUGUGGUCCGAUUGCACACAUUUAUGGAGAAUCUUGUUUUUGAUGAUCCUAUUAAUGAAGCUAGAUACUGGAAACAGAAAGCGGAAGAAUAUCACAAUGGCAUGCAAGAUGCUCGAAAUGAGCUAGACGACUUCCAGACUAGUUCCCGAGAAUUAGAAAAAGAGUUGGAAACACAUUUAGAACAAUUAGAAAAACGUAACAUUGAGCUUGUUGUGUUAUGUGAAAAGCUGACUAUGGAAAAAGAACGCUACCGGAAUCAAGUGGAAAAUAAUCAAGAAUAUGCAAAUCACGAAAUCACAAGGCUUCAAGAAGAAUUAGAGAAAUCGAAAGUAGAUCGAGACAGAAUGCGUAGAUAUAUCCGCGAAUUGGAGCAGGCAAAUGAUGAUUUGGAACGCGCCAAAAGAGCAACAGUGGUCACAUUAGAAGAUUUUGAAUCUCGUUUAAACCAGGCGAUUGAGAGAAAUGCAUUCUUGGAAAAUGAACUUUGUGAAAAAGAGGAUUUGGUGGUAACCGUUCAACGACUGAAAGAUGAAACCCGCGAUCUUCAUCAAGAGUUGGCUAUUACUCGUCGUCAGCCUGAUUCUAUCCCUCAUCAUGAAAUAAGUGAUGGAGAUGGUGCACAUCCUAAAAAGACUAACGCUAAGAGCACACAAGACUGUACAGUACAAACAGACAAUAGUUGCUUUUAUAACUCAGCCCUUACUCCCUCUGUCAGAUUAGCUGCUUUGAAUUUGGUGAAUAAUGCGCUGCAAAAAAUUACACAAUUGGAAAUGAAAUUAUCUAUAUUAUAUAAAACUUAUAGCAAUUUGCCAUCAGUUCCUAUUAAAUUACCGUCUGAUGGUUUUAAUUCGACAUUGCACAGUCUAAAAUCACCACAGAAAUUAUCUACUCCAUCGUGGACAAAUGGUCCUAUUCAAUUAGAUCCUCCAUCAGUUGACCAAUCACCUCGUAAAAAUCCUGAACAAAUGCUGCUUGAUUAG